CCUUGCAACGGGGUUGACAGACUGUCUUGUCCAACCUACCACUUCAUUAUUUACAAAUCGGUGUUGGGUUGUCUUCUGCUCCUCUUUGAAAUGCCUAGACGUGCGCUAAGGUGCAUUGUUGAUCUUCAAAUACACGCAUUAUCUGCACCUGGUGUGUGGCUGCCAAGUAAAGAAGAUGUUUACCUUAGUGUUUCACUCUUUAACCAAUAUAGAAAUACACGACUGCUUACAUCAAUUUUUCCACUGCUUGUACAUGAAAAAUUUCAAUUUGAAAAGACAUAUUACACAGCAGUAGACCCAUCACAUGUUGCUGAAAUGCUUGAAGAUGAGUUAGUCAUAUUUGAAUUGGUUCAACUAUCUGAAUACACUGAUGGUGCAGUUAGACUUGCAUCAUUUUCAACUAAUGCAAGAGAUUUUCUAUAUCCAUAUCCAACCCUAGCACCAUCUUACUCUGCUCAUGAAAGAGAAAUCCUCAUGUGUAGAACCAUUGCUUUUCCAGGAAUUGCUCCAAAGCUUGAAUUUUCUACAAAGACAAUCAUCAAAGAGUCUUAUUCACCAGAACUUGAUGCUCUUGAUGAUGCUAUGGAGAUGGAAAGAGAGUCUCGAAGCAGCAGAAAAACCAGAAGGCAACCCCAAUCAAGAGCUAGGUCCCAAUCUCCAUCUGUCAGACGCAAGCUUGCUGACAUUAGCCUUGAGAACACAAUAGAUCCAAGACCUCCAUUUGUUGUUCGAAAGCUGACUCAAGACCUUAUAGGCAGAGUUCCUAGCUCAACAACUGAUAAAACAGCCAAGAGCAAACCAAAGAGAAGUGCCUCUCCUUUUAGGCCAGCUAGUCAGCCAUCUUCACCCACUGGUGAUGAUGAUUUGAACAAUUCACUUUCUUCAAAGCCUAGCUAUCGUCUAUCAAAGGUUAUUCGCAAGCCAUUUGAGGACCCAUUGCCAGUUUUUAAGCCCCGCUAUGGUGCCAAGGCUGAGGAUGAUAUUGAUCCAGAAGUUGAAGAAUUGACAUCAACUAAACCAUCCUAUGCUUCCCUGCGACCUCGCUCUGUGAGCCCUUUGUUGUACAAAAGCAGUUUUAGGGACCGCUAUGGAGAUUCUGCAUACAGCCGCCCCUUCACUCCCAGCUACUACGAAAGAUUAGCUGCCAGGGAGCUUGAACUUGCUAGAGCAAGACGCUACUCCCGUUUGUAUAGAACCUACUAUGAUUCUCUAGAUGACCUUGACCUAGAGCUUAGACUGGCAAGAAUUCGAGCUGGACUUUAUUAUUAGUGAGGUCACUAAAUACAGCCUGCUCUUAAUUGUCAAGAGAGAAAAUUUUGGCAUCUGGAAGGAAUGAAAUCAUAGAGAGCUUGCCAAAACCAUUUAUUCUUUUGAAUAGGCAGCAGCAGAGAAGAAAACAUAGCUAUGCUUAACUGCACUUUACCUAUUUUAAUUAUUGUAAUAACUUUUUAUACAAUCAAACUUUGGUAACAGUAUACAAGUUGUUAAAUUUUUUUACUUUAACCAAAUCAUUUUAAUAAAAAGAGAAGUCAGUAUCUGUCUCAUUUACACACUAUUUAAAUUCAUACUUAAUAGCUUUUAAGAAUUUUGACUAAGGCAAUACAAGUGUUUAUUUAGCUAUAGUUGCCUAUUAAGUAUUGUUAGAUGAAAAAACAAGUUAUUUGACCAAAUUACACAUUUAUUUAAACUUUAACAAAUAAACGAUGUGAUGUUUUUAUAUAGGCCUGUAUAUAUUAACACUAUACAGAAAAGACCAUUAUGACCUCAUCUUGGAAUUUAGUGUAGACCAUAAAACAUGAGUGCUUAAUAUUAUCAUUUAUAAUAAUAACGGAACUAAUGUUAUGUAGAGACAAUUAUUAUUAGCUCCUGUUUUGUAUUUCUUUUUAAAGCUCUUGUUUUGUAAUCAUUAAAAAACUAAAAAUGAAUGUUUGUAAUCACUUUUGUAUAUUUGGAUUUUUAUAGAAGAAAUUUUAUUUCAAUCAGAUACUAAGAUCUUGUUGAUGUUUUUUUUAAUGUUUUAACUAUCAAAUUUUAUACAAUAGAUAUUAAAAUUUAAAAUCAAUAUGUUUAUUUUAAAGAUAUUUAUUUUGAAGUGUACAUUUUGAACAAAUGCCGCCAUUUAGAAUUUAACAUAAAUAUUUUGUUCUUUUAUAAUAGCCAGUUCCAUAAAGGGAUGAUAUUAAAAAUAUUGAUCCUACUUUUUUGUGAAAUGCCCAUCUGUGAUAAUAUUAUUUUAAAAAUACUAACUCACUUAAAAAAAAAAUUAAUAAUGAUACAUACAUGUAAAUAAAAUGAGUAAUAAAUCCUUAUAAUUUAUUUAAAUUAUAUAGAUAGUAAAAAAGUAGAUGCAAAAUUAU